UUAAAAACAAGAAAAAGGGAAAGAAGGCAGGGCCUCCUGGGCCCAAUGGCCCUCCAGGACCUCCAGGACCUCCAGGACCCCAGGGACCUCCGGGGAUUCCAGGGAUUCCUGGAAUUCCAGGAACAACUGUUAUGGGGCCACCUGGUCCUCCAGGUCCUCCUGGUCCUCAAGGACCCCCUGGCCUCCAGGGACCUUCUGGUGCUGCUGAUAAAGCUGGAACUCGAGAAAACCAGCCAGCUGUGGUGCAUCUACAGGGCCAAGGGUCAGCAAUUCAAGUCAAGAAUGGUGGAGUGCUCAAUGACUGGUCCCGCAUCACUAUGAACCCCAAGGUGUUUAAGCUGCACCCCCGCAGCGGGGAGCUGGAGGUACUGGUGGACGGCACCUACUUCAUCUAUAGUCAGGUAGAAGUAUACUACAUCAACUUCACUGACUUUGCCAGCUAUGAGGUGGUGGUAGACGAGAAGCCCUUCCUGCAGUGCACCCGCAGCAUCGAGACGGGCAAGACCAACUACAACACUUGCUAUACUGCGGGCGUCUGCCUCCUCAAGGCCCGGCAGAAGAUCGCUGUGAAGAUGGUGCACGCCGACAUCUCUAUCAAUAUGAGCAAGCACACCACCUUCUUUGGGGCCAUCAGGCUGGGCGAAGCCCCUGCAUCCUAGAUUCCCUCCAGUUUGCCCCUGCCUAUGCCCCUGCCCCAGGUUUGGGAGCCAGGACUCCCGGAACCUCUAAGUGCUGCUGUGGAGUGAGGUAUAUUGAUAUUGCAGCCACAAAGAGAAAUGCCCCAGUGCUAUUUAUUCAGUGACUCCAGGAUGACAAAGCCUGCUUGACUUUCCAGAAUGAUGUUGAGCUAAUAGGACAGUUGAUGGAGCCCCAGGGUUUACCUGAAGCAGAAACUUCUUUGGUUCCAUGUUGACUGGCUUAUGGUGUGACUCUUCAACCCUGAAGUCCCUGUUGUCAGAUUUAUCAUUCAUUGCACUGAAAAGAGGAUCCAUGGCAGCAGGCUAGAGAAAGCCAAGGUGCACUCCAGACUUUGGGGGUGAACAUCUGACCCCAAGGGGGCUGUUGCUCCUCUCUCGGGUGGGGGUGGGGACAGGGUAGAGUGGAAAGGAAACGUUGCAGCCUAAGGAGAGAGCCAGGAAGGAAAAAGGCAGGUGCUUGUGGCAGCGGCCAGGGGAGAAACCUGCCAAGCAGGCAUGCUCACCACUGGAAGUGUUCUUGCUGCUCCACACUGUGGCCUGAAAGAGGCUUGGAGAACUCUUCCCACUCAGGCUGAGAGCCAUGUGGCAGCUUGCUGGGCUUUGGAGAUGGGAGGUUUGCUCUGCCUUGAAACAAUUGCAGAGAAUGACCACAAACCUGCCUGGAUUAAGAACCUGAAUCUGUGCUUAGGGCCACAUGUCUCUCACUUCGUUUACAGCUGUGCUCCACACUCAGAAAACUCCCUGGGGUCCCUUCCCAAUUACCCUCCCUCCCAGCCUGACUAGAACUCCUCUCCUCUCUCCACAGAGCCUACCUCUGUCUGAGACAGGUGCCAAACCCGGGACCUGUGUUCGUGUGAGUCUGCAGUAUUCUUUAGCUUACCUGGACACAAAGAAAAUUUUCCAUUUAUUAAGCAAUACAAAUAUUAUUCAUCCAAUCCUAUUGAAUUGUGUCUGGGGACAAGGAGUUGUACUGGAUAACCUUCAUUCAAGUUCUAAUAUUUGUCACUCUUUUAACAGGCAGCCACCGUGAUAGCCUUCUGAAUUCCCAAACCCUAGACUGCCCUGGGCAUCAGCAAGGUAGAGCUUUUCAACCUGGCCUAGAAAGGGCAAGAGAUGGGAUUAGAACAGCGGGGUUUUGUCAAGUGUGCUGCCACCCAGGUGGUCAUUAGGCCAGGCCUUAUCUGAAGGGACAGCAGCUGAUACCCUAAUGACACAGUCCUUCUUCACUCUGGCUGCAGAAAGCCACGACAUUGCAUAGUCACCACAGAUGCCUGUGCUCCUCCCCUGAAGCCAGGCUCAGGAGGAGCCAGUGUCUAGGCAUUGGGCAGGGCUCUGCCCCCUAGUUCAGGUCCGAGUCACCUUCCCCCAAUCCCAAGCUUCCCACCAGA